GACAGACAUGUCCCUUUACAAGUCUCUCCACAGUCAUGACGCGAGGUUGAUCAUCUCUCUUCAAGGACCAUAUUCACUGAUCAACAGACAUGAUCCGAAUCAACAACACCCAAUACUUCCACUUCCUGGAGCAGGCGGACGUCCUACGUCGCUCAGGGUCACUCUGUGACGCCAUCAUCUCCGUGAAGAGUCAAACUUUCCGAGCUCACCGUCUGGUCCUGGCCUGUGCUAGCAGAACACUUGCACAGCAGCUAGCCCAGGGAGACACAGACAGCCCAGUCCACUGCACCUUGGAGUAUUUCUCUCCACGCACCUUCCAGCAGGUCCUGGACUUCACCUAUGCACAGACUCUGGAGGUCUCUGCAGAGGACCUGCAUCUGCUGCUCAGAGCUGCUCAGGUGCUGGAGAUGCAGUCGCUGGAGGAUCAGUGCAGGAAGCAGCUGGACAAUCUUCACGGCAGAGAGGGGAGGAAAGAAACUACAGGCAUCAAAGAGGAGGACAAUGAAGAAAGUGUUCAUGAUCUAAAUGAGAAAGAAGUUGGAGAGGAGAAAUCUUCCUCAUUAGAGGAGGAAGGCUGCAUCAUCAUGACUGAAAACAGUUCAUCCCCUGAUCCUUCAAAGAAUGACAAUCACCCCCCAUCCCCAGUAAAAAAGCCCAAAAUGUCCCCUGCUUCCUUCAACAGAGAAAGUGUCAUCACCAGCUCUUCCUGGCCAUUCCCUGCAAACAUGUGGAGCUCUGUGAGCACCCUAAGGCGCCUAGCCGAGUACUCAAACCUGGUUGCAGCUCCCCCUCUUCAACCCCCAAACCAUUUCUCCCUCUCUUCCCCCCACAUGUUCCCCUUUCUCGGCCCCCAUUUCCAGAGCUCAGUGAUGGGAUACUCAGCCUUUCACCCGUGUUACACACAGAACUUUUACCCCGUGUCGGCAGGGACGGGCAACAUCAUCAAGCAGAGAAUCUUUAAAAGGAGAAGGUCGAGCAAGAGAGCGUCCACAGGGAGCGUUCAGGCGAGUUACCAGGAAGAACCUAAAACCAGCACAGAGAGAGUUAAGGCCUCCCAGCAGUGCAGUAAAAAUCUCUCUGUUGAUCCAGCCUCCACACUGUCAGGUGAGAUCUGCACAGGGUGUCAGUUCUGUGGAAGAGCAGCGAUGGCCCAGCAUGAACCUCAGUCCCAUCGACAGGAACUAAAAGGGGAAAAACCAUAUCAGUGCAAACUGUGCCCCAAGAAGUUCAGUUUGAAACAUCAACUGGAUACGCACCAUCGAGUACACACGGGAGAGAAACCGUUCGAGUGUCGUCUCUGUGGGCAGCGUUCACGGGACUACUCAGCCAUGAUCAAACACCUGCGAACUCACGGUGGGGCGGCACCCUACCAGUGCACCGUGUGCUUGGAGUUCUGCAACAGCCUGGUGGCCAUGCAGAGACAUGUCAAAGGUCACGCUGUGCAGGACUUCCCCCCUGACUGGAGCAUCAGCAGCACCUACUUGUAUACCUCACACAUCUAGACCUCAAAUAACAGACACCAUGGGCUAUGACAGAGUUGUCAAGCCGUGAAAAAACUUAAAUAUAAUUAAGUAUUUAUUUCCUAUUCAUUUACUCAUUAUGAGUCACAUUCACCUGAUAAACACCUUAUUUUAAGAAAUGAAUAUGACAUUUUUGUACAGACCAGAGAUGUCAGACCCCCAAAGAUUGGGUUCCUCUAUAGUGUGUAGAUCACUCUGACAUUUCUCUAUAAGGCAUGUCUCUAGGAUUCUGAGUACAUGUAUUUAAAUAUGUUUGUCGCAUUUUCAUAAUAAAGUAUAACUUCUUUGUCAUCAUAAAACAUAAAAGAAACUGAAUUGGUGGUUUGAGUAAAAAUAUAACAUAAUACAGUGUUAUGAGUAUAAGCCUGAAUGACUGAACUCACAGCAGAUGGCAUCCACCAUAAGAAGACACAUCCUGUUACAAAAGAAUAUGAAGAAUUUAUCUGCUUUUGAAGAUGUUUGGAAAUAUUUAAGUAAUUUAAGAACUCGGCUAGCUUUAAGAAAUACAGUUCUUCAGUAAAAUGUGCCUACUGCAUAAUCAGAUUUUUUUUCUUGAUUCAAACCUGAUUUUUGUGAUUAUGUCUUGGAAUAUAUUUAUUUAGCCAUGUCUGUGAAUGCAACUUAAGUGUAUCUGUC